AUGUCCACCAAUCCCCCGAAGUCGCCCAGGUCGCCGUCGCUUCGUUUCUCCCGUCAGGGCUUUCACCCGCUGCGCGACAACCCCAACGACAUGCCUCCCAACGACGCUACCAUUGACAUUCCGCUCGAGACGGUCGUGAGCCGCACGCCGUCGACCGGCAUGCGCAGCGGCAGCGUAGCCCCCAUCACCAAGAUGGCCACCCACGAAGAGCCCAACGAGAAGGAAGGUGCUACUCAUCACUACGGCCGCCGCGUCAAGAAGCUCGACAAGGGCGAGCGCACUGGCAAAAUCGGCUAUGAUGGCGAGGAAGACUACAUCAAUCGCGUGGGCAAGAUCUACUUCAAGAUUCUCCACUUCAGCAUCAUCACUCGCUACUUCAUCUACGUUCUGCCGCUUGCCCUGUGCAUUGCGGUGCCCAUCAUUGUCGGUGCCACCGCUGCUCAGGAUGCCAAGAUUGGCGGUGUUCGGAUCGUCUGGUUCUUCACGUGGGUCGAGAUCGUCUGGCUCUCCGUCUGGGUCUCUAAGAUCAUAGCCCACUUCCUUCCCAAGAUUUUCCAGAUCCUGGCCGGUGUCAUCAGCUCUGGUGUCCGCAAGUACUUUUUGGUCCUUCGUGCGCUUGAGAUUCCCAUUUCUCUUGUCGGCUGGGCCGUCACAUCUCUCGCAACUUUCAUUCCUUUGAUGGUCCACAAUCCCGAUAUCCAAGCGAAAGCGCGACAAGAAAAGGCGGAAACCGGCAAAUCUACUGCUGACUCGGUCCAAGAGUGGCAGAAAGUCGUUCGCCAGAUCCUGGCUGCAGCGGUCGUUUCAGCCUGCGUGCUCCUUGUCGAGAAAUUCCUCAUUCAGCUAAUCAGCAUCAACUACCACCGCAAGCAAUUCAACGCAAAGAUCAAGGAGAACAAGCGCCAGACCUUCCUGCUUGGCCUGCUCUACGAUGCUUCCAGAGCUCUUUUCCCGGCCUACUGCCGCGAGUUCCAGGAGGAGGAUUACAUUAUCAACGAUACCCUGAGGCUCAACCUCCCCGGUGCCAAGAAGGGCCACCGACGAUCCGGCUCUGCAACUCCCAUGCGGUUGCUACACGAUGUUGGACGCGUCGGAGACAAGAUCACUUCUGCUUUUGGCAACAUUGCCUCCGAAAUUACGGGCAAGCAGGUCUUCAACCCUGACUCUGCCCACUCGAUUGUUGUCUCAGCCCUUGAGAAGCCCCGUUCGUCAGAGGCCCUUGCCAAGCGUCUGUGGAUGUCGUUUGUUGUCGAAGGCAGAAACGCCCUCUACCACGACGACAUCGUCGAAGUGCUUGGCGCUGGCCGUGAGGCGGAAGCCGAAGAAGCUUUCGCGGCGCUUGACAAUGACGGAAACGGCGACAUCAGCCUUGACGAGAUGAUUCUCCAAGUUACCGAGAUUGGACGCAGUCGCAAGUCUGUCGCCACGAGCAUGCACGAUGUUGACCAGGCCAUCAACGUCCUUGAUGGACUGCUGGCGACCGUCGUCUUCGUCAUUUGCGUCUUCGUCUUCAUCGCUUUCUUGAACUCCAGCUUCGUCACCACCCUCGCAACUGCUGGAACGGCUCUCCUUUCUCUUUCUUUCGUCUUCUCGGUUACUUGCCAGGAGGUCCUCGGUUCUUGCAUUUUCCUGUUCGUGAAGCAUCCUUUCGAUGUUGGCGACAGAGUCGAUCUCAGCAGUGGCGUUGACCAGCUCACCGUUGAGCACAUCUCUCUCCUAUUCACCGUUUUCAAGCGGGUGACCAACGGUCGUACCGUCCAGAUCCCCAACAUUGUUCUUAACAGUUUGUGGAUCGAGAACACAACCAGGUCCUUGGCCAUGAGCGAGCGGAUCCCCAUCUAUGUUGCUUUCGGUACUUCGUUCGAGGACAUCACUGCUCUGAAGGACGAGAUGCAGAAGUUCGUUCGCGACAAGGAGAACGCUCGCGACUUCUACCCUGACAUUGACAUCGAUGUUAGGGGUAUUGCUGAGCUCAACAAAUUGGAAUUGCAGAUUGAGUGUCGCCACAAGAGCAACUGGGGCAACGAGGCCUUGUCAGCUUCGCGUCGCAACCGAUUCAUGUGCGCUCUGGUCCAGGCGCUCCGCAAGAUCCCGAUUGAUCCGCCGGGCGGCAACGACGCUGCUCUUGGCUCUGCUGACCAGCCUUCUUUCUCCGUUGCUAUUUCUCCCUCCGAGGCUUUGGAGCGCCGCCAAGCCUUCCUUGAUGGCAGGGAAAAGGCUCGCCUCUACCCGUCUAAGAAGGAGGAACCUGCUGCUGCCACGUCUUCUGGAGUGGACUACGUGGGCUCUGAGAUGCAUUCGGAGAACCAGGCCAUCAACACUUUGACGGCUCGUCCCAUUGGAUCCGAUCCUUACCGUGACGGCGCAUUCGCCGAUCGGGCUGAUCAGGCCGACAUCAACCGGACCGGCUCGAUCGUACGGUCCAGCAUGGAUGCCCAGGAUGCGGAAGACGUACGCAGCAACCUGAAACGCGAGAGCACUAGGGGCAAGCGCAAGGCUGGUCCGACCAGUCCUUCUGCGAUCACUGUCUCAGGCCCUGGCGGCGAGAACAGCGAGUACUAUGAUUACGGCAGCCCCGUGAGCCCGCAGCAGAGCCAAGCCUCGUACAGAUCGCAGCAGCAGAGCACGGCUUACUAUUCUCUUCAGCAGCAGCAGCACCAGCAACUGCAGCAGCAACGAAGCCAGCAGUCCCUUGGACGGAGACCUAGCAACACCUAUGCGGACUCACCUUAA